UGCGAUUCUCCGCGCUGUCCUGCCACCUCGCCCGGUCGCUGAUUGACACCACCUUUAUCUUCGUUGGCCUGGUUCACCCUCACCUUUCUCCCUCUGCCUUCUUCUCUGCUCACUCUUUCGCUCUCCAUCGAUGUCGUUAUCGUUUCUCUAUGCUUUGUCUAUGGAUUUAUGUGUCUCUCUUUGUCCUUCAUUCGCCAUUCGAGCGGAAACUGUAUCCCGAUGUCUGACAACCUGUAUCUGUGGCUGCCCAGGCCGGGUCCAGUUCUCCGACAUUUUCAGCUGCGUCCUCGUCAAUCACACAUCCAGCCCAAGCGUGCCCCGUCGCGAAUCAUACGAGCCAGACGACGGGCAUGUGUGGGAAGGCAAAUGCAAAGCGGUGUCGAGGCAGCGGAUCAGGUCAUGUCUAUGCCGGCAAGACUGUGCCCAUUGUUUCCUUUGCCACACAAAAAAAAAAAGCGCUCAUAAACUGAAAAUACAUGUACACUUCUCGUGGCUCAUCAAUACCGAAACCCCCGACCAGCCGGGCAGGUCUGUGCAGACCAUGGGAGGGCUCGGGUCAUGCAGCUACACGGGCCUGGAGACUCUGCCAGCUAUCGCUCAUACCCAUUCCGAGGGAAGAUGAUCUGGCAAAGGCCGUAAUCGCGUUUGUUAAGCUUCCACCAUAUCGCAGGCCAUCCUCUCGCCCGGAAGGAGGGGCAAGCUUCUCGUGUGUGCUAUUAGGCUAGGCCGAUCAAGAAGAUUGGCCAGAGAUAUGCAGCAACAUCAACAAUAAAAAAAAAAAGGGCAGGGAGUUGGGAGGAGAACGAGACGAGAAAGG